ACUGACGGCUGAAUCUUACCGCGACCGUCCUCUUAGAACAAUCCCUUGCAAAGGUUCUGGGUGUAUGAUAAGGCUUCAGGUGACCUAUCAGAGUUAGGAGCGGACCUCGUAACGAAAAGGUAUAAAGUCUCUUGAAGAUUCCAAUGUAAUGCAUUGACAAGUACCAGUCGCACCUCUUAACUCAAACAUGAAGCUUUCUCUUGUCUUCAGCGUGCUCGCAUCUAUCGUGGUUCUUGCCACAGCGUACCCCACAGAAGGAGCCACUGGCAUCGCGAAACGUUCUGAUGUCGAGAAGCGCGACUCUGAGGGACUUGACGUCGAUGACAAAAAAUAUACCUUCAAGGACUACAGGAAGCGCGACUCUGAGGGACUUGACGUCGAUGACAAAAAAUACACCUUCAAGGACUACAGGAAGCGCGACUCGGAGGGACUUGAUGUCGAUGACAAAAAGUAUACCUUCAAGGACUACAGGAAGCGCGACUCGGAGGGACUUGAUGUUGAUGACAAAAAAUAUACCUUCAAGGACUACAAGAGGGAUGAGGGGAAGCGUGACUCAGAGGGACUUGACGUCGAUGAUAAAAAGUAUACCUUCAAGGACUACAGGAAGCGCGACUCGGAGGGACUUGACGUCGAUGACAAAAAGUAUACUUUCAAGGACUACAGGAAGCGUGACUCGGAGGGACUUGACGUCGAUGACAAAAAGUAUACUUUCAAGGACUACAAGAGGGACGAGGGGAGGCGUGACUCAGAGGGACUUGACGUCGAUGACAAAAAGUAUACCUUCAAGGAUUACAGGAAGCGCGACUCGGAGGGACUUGACGUCGAUGACAAGAAGUAUACCUUCAAGGACUACAAGAGGGAUGAGGGGAAGCGUGACUCGGAGGGACUUGACGUCGAUGACAAGAAGUAUACCUUCAAGGACUACUGA